AUGGCAGACGUGGUGUCUUCGAACGAGGCUUCUGCGCUUCUGAAACGCCGAAAGUACAUCGACGAUAUUCUCCAUGACCAACAGUGGACCCAUACUACUCAUGCAUCAUCAAUAAUCGAUAAACUACCCGCCGAGAUCCUUCAUUCGAUCCUUUCAUUCCUUUCCCCGCACGAUCUUGCCCGCGUGUCCGCUACGUGCCGUGCCCUCGGCGAACAUGCCUCCAACGACCUUUUGUGGAACCGACUACUCAACUCCCAUCUUCCAUUUCCGAUCCACGAUUCGGGCCCCUUUGACACAUUUCGCCGAUUGUACCUCGCCCAUCUGCCCUACUGGUUCAUACCUCAGAACAAAAUCUGGUUCGCAGACAACGAACACACUGGAAAUUUGAUUCUAGCCCGCUACGAUAACCGACGGGGCGUGAUCGAGGCAUACCGUUUAAUUGCGGAUCGAGGCUCCCCUGAAUUCCAGGUUUGGGAAGCACACCCAGAUGUGAUGAUCCAGUCAUUCCACCCCACUGUCAGCCUGUGGUUAGAUGACCCCGUGCUACUCCUCAAGGAUAUGGAGCCUUCAGAGCCGACAUCUGAAUGCCAAACUUGGAUGGCAGAGCGCAAGAUGCACAUGCCUGCUGAGGCCAAUCAUCUGUUUAAUUCGCUUAUUCUGUGCUCCAAUCAGGAUACCGAUGUCCAAGAGUCUGAUCACCUUUGGCCACCACCGACUAUUCCCAGCAAAAGUCGUGUAGUCAGAUCGACUGAAGACGUGGAUGUAACAGAUCCUGGGCAUUGGUCUGAAGCAUCCCAAGAAGCAUUUCGCAUUCGUCGAUGGACAAACUUUCGAUUGAUGGUAUCGCCGGGCCACAACUCAGCUAUGAUUACGUAUUCCACGCUCGAUCCGACUUUGUACACACCAACUAAAGCAAAGCCCUAUCAAGGUAUUUGGGUCGGGGACUAUUCAGCUCACGGGUGUGAAUUUCUUCUUAUAAUUCAGGGUGACCCACCGGAAGAUGAGGAGGUUGAGGAUAAUACGGACGAAGUCCCGAGCGGAAGUUUGCAUGCCCUCAAAUUGACGGGAGACCCCAAUGUGCCCCGAGGAGAAACCACAUUUCUCUCGAGCGAUAUUGGACCAAAGGGUCUCAUCAAAGUAGGAAACGAGGAGCCCUUCAAGGGUGCUCGCAUUGUACGGGCCCAGGGACACGUCGCUGGCCUUGGCUUCCAUGAUGACACCUACAUAUCAUCUCAGCUCAUUCUUGUGUCUACGGAGUACAUUGCCCAUUAUUGGCAGGAGAUGGGCCACAUCUCUUAUUACCGCCGCGUGGAUAUUGACACCCUCCUGAAAACAUAA